ACUCGAAGAUUCUAUAACUGAUUUAAUGUUAAUGAUGGGAGUGUAUCGUAAGACCCCUCUGUUAGUUACAGGGUUCCUUGUUGGUGCAGUCGUAGUUUACCAGGUGACCUACUCCCUCAGGGACAAGACCAAGGAUGUUGUUCCUGCCCCCAAGGCUCCCGCUGUUGCUCCAGUAGCUCAACCAAACCAGGCUGGAGACGCCAAUCUGAGAGGAGCUGAGGAAGACGGAAUCACAAUUCAGUUUGAGAAGACGGAAGGUUACACCACUCAUGGCAAAAAGAUCACAGUCCAGAAGAGAGUAGACUUCCCAGUUGCUGGUUUCUCGAGACACAGUCACAUUGGAAAGUUGAGUUUGCCACUGGUCAUCAAGAAAUUCUCAUUCGAAGACAAGACACUCAAGGGUAUUCCAUCUGGCCUCAAUGUCAUCAACUCCUCUGUUUACUUCAAGACCGGUGUCAAUGGACCCAUCCUCGUUGAACUCUACAAGUACUCACCUGAUGGACACAACACCUCUGUCCACUUCUUCACCAAAGGUGCCAACGAAACCUGGGAGGAGUUCUUCUUUGGUGCCAACCUUAGCCUCACCAAGAAACUUCGUGACCUAGUAGGUGAAGACACUGAUGAUGAGGAAACGGAAAAUAAAAAGAAGGAAGCUGAAGGCGCUGCUGGCAAGGGUGGACAAGCUCCAGCUGGAGGUCAACCUGGUGCUCCUGGACCUGUAGGACCCGCCGGUAAAAAUGGUGAUAGAGGAGAAUCUGGUACCCAAGGAGCUCAACAACCUGCUAGUGGUAGUGGUACUGCUGGAGGUACUGUUCAGAAUGUACAAAAUUCUGGUGGUGGAGCUGACCAAGGUAAGAAUCAAAGUGAUGUAGAAGCGAAAACUGUAGGUGCUGGAGGUGCAAGCUCUACUGGUCCUGCUCAUUCUAAUGAAGGUGCCCCUAGUCCAUCUGGUAGUGGAGCUCAAGCUGCUACUGGUGCUACCCUCUCUGCUCCUCAAGGUGGAUCUGGUCAACCGUCUCUUGGAACUACUUCUGAAACUCCAGCAUCUACCCCUACUUCUACUACUAAUAAUGCUAAUCAUAGCCAAUCAUAA